UGUUAACUUUUAUUGUGACGUCACGCACCGACGUCAGCCACCCGGAAGCGAGGAGCGUCUGCGUGCGUCUCAGGGUUGUUUACAUUUGCUGCAGCUCCUCGAAAUGAAUCCUGCGAUGACCAACUCGACCAACUCCGUUUCAACCACAAAGAAGAAACGAGAAGCCGAGCGUUCUGUCAACUGGACGGUGGAGGAGACGCAGGUGCUGUUAUGCGCCUGGAGCGACGAGCGAGUCCAGAAGAGUCUGACAGAAAAUCUACGCAACCGCCAUGUGUUCAAACAUCUCUCGGCCCGCAUGAGCGAGAUGGGCUUUGCACGGAGUCCGCACCAGUGUCGGCUUCGGGUCAAAACUCUAAAAGCAAACUAUGCCAGAGCCAAACUACAGAGGAGCGUGGACAGCGCGCAGCCCUGCUCCUUUAAGUACUUCGCAGAGAUGGACGCCGUCCUGGGGCGGCGGUCGCAUGGGGACCAAGGCGGGCCUUAUUUUGUUUCUCCAGAACGGAUCACAGAACGACAUCUUGACUCCAUGGAAAGGACAGGAAGUCUCCUGCCAGAGUUCAGUUCCAACAGGGAGCCUGGUGGAAACCAGUUUGGACCUUUGGGGAGAACAGGAAGGCCAUGUUUGAGCUCCUUUGAGGAGCGAGGAGCAGAUCCUCACUCUGACGUGAAGCUGGAAGACGAAGACGAUUCAACAGAUGACUUUGAGUUUAGUGAUGCAGGGUUCCAGCAGCAUCCGAGAGACAGACGCUCAGACGUUUACCUGGAAUCGUCCAUCCAUGGGACAGCAGGAGAAAAUACCUUGACCACUCCUUCACCUCAAACAGUACCUCGCCCACCUCCUCCUCCUCCUGCCCAAACUACACCUUCUCCUCCCCUGCAUCCGAGCCCCAGCGUCCUGCAUCAUCACCCUGACUCCUCCUGCCUGGAACCUGUCCUCAAGCACCUGUCGGACUGCUUCCAGCAGCUGGUGUCGGAGACCCGGAGCCUGCUGGUGCAACUGGAGAGCCAGAGGCAGGAGCAGGCUCGCUGGCACCAGGAGCUCCUGGCACAGUGGCUGCAGAGGGAGGAGCGCCGGCAGAGGGAGGUGGCCGAGAGGGAGGAGAGGAGGGAGAAAGCUCGCAUGGAGCACGAGAUCAGGGUCCUGCAGCUCCUCACCGGUCUAGCCAGGGAACAGGGUUGUAAAUGUGGAGGCAGCCAGAAUGCAGUCGAGGCGCCGACCGGUCCCAAUCAUACAAUCAGCAAAGGUGGAAAUUAGGAUGCUGGCGUCACAGGUAAUCGGAAGCUCAGGUGAGACCGAAAGCAGCACUGAAACAGACACAGGCAUCUGUUACCUGACUGCAAGUUCGUUCUGACUGGACCAAAUGCAAAUGUACUUUCCUACAAAUUAAAAGUCUGAUACUUAUAACGGACUGUUUUCUGUUGCUCUGUUGACCAUAUGGAGUGUUUCUCUGGGUUGAAUCUGUGAUGCAGUACUGACACAAAGCUGAAAGCAGCGUGUAAGUGAUGGUUAUAUGAAAACGAAGUCACCUUGAGCAACUAGCAAACAGCAGGAGCGUUACAGUCAGGCCAUGUGUCUGGGGAACGGUCCCGUCUGUCCUGUGUCCAGCUCAGCGUGGGAGCUGCACGGUAGCACAGACAUUAAGUCAGUGUUUCCCAGUAGGAAUGUCUCAAACCCAGCGAAUCAGCUGGAUGUCACGCUUGCAUAAGAGACCCUUAGCACAGUUCUGCCGGCGGAGUCCGUCUGCUGCAGAAGCUCCCACUCGCGUAGCGCACUGAGCUUUGUCAGAUGAGAACGUGGUAAUACCCGUUUUCCGUGAUGGGAUUUCUCUUCCUGCUUGCUUUACUCUCACACUUACAGGAAUUCCAUUUAUUAAAGCUCCAGGCUGCAGCUGCUGCGUGCUGAUUGUUACCUGAAUAGACAAACGGGGAAUCUUUCACUCAGCCACCCAGCACCGUUUUCCCUGAAGGUACUGAGAGUGUGAACCAGCUCAAAUAGAAAAGCUCCUCUUCCUUUAGCUGUUGAGAUGUUAAAUCCACCCUGUAAUAAACUCUGGCUACAAACGCGCUUUAAACCAGGCACGGGGUGAAACUGCUGAUAUUCUAUAUGUCUCUUAUCGUCAUACAGUGAAACGUGUCCUGACGGCAGCUGUUGUUUUUUUGAGGCAUUGUGUUGAUGUGUAUCCUGUUCCACCUGAGCUUGUAUUUCUUUAUUUAAAUGAAGGGUGGCUCAGUCUCGCAGGCGUCGUCCUGCUGAAUCUGACUUCGCCCUGUGUUUUGGUUGCAGUUCCCUUGAAGUGAUUCUGAUCGGUGUUUGCAGCGUGUUUGAGCCCACGGCGUCCAGUGUAACGACUCGUCAUCUGUCCAGACGCUGUGCAGUCAUUUAAGUGAGAGAAAAGCAGGAUUAACGCCUGUGUUAAAUCUGCGCUAAUCCCAGUUACGCAAUAGCUGUGGAUGUUGGGCUGAUUUGCUGUUAUUCCACCGUGACCUGUUCCUCUGCUCGUCUGUCUGAACUGCCUUUGUGACGGAGACUCGCUUACUGUGUCUAAAAGUGUUUUUACGUUGGCAGAUGCAGACAAAUAAAACCCAGCUCGUCCUC